ACGAGUCGCACGCGCACCGUUCGCGUUCAAUUUCCACGAUCGUGUUUUGAUUUUGUGGAAAAACUCGACACUUUUGUUUUCACAGCAGUGUGUUUUAAAGUUUUCGCUCGGCGACAGUCUUUUGUUUUCAACUUUCUCAAGCAGUGUUUGUAAAAAUGGUGCGUAGUGUAAAAGUGUGGUUUGGCGUGAGGCGCAGCAAAGUGGUGCCAGAGCCGACGGUGUAUAGUGUGCCUAUUGAUAUGUCUUCGACCUCUACGUUGGAUGUUGCCAAUUUGGAUGUGGUUACCGUCCCCCCGGUCCCCGCGGAGAUGCAGGCCCGACACAGCUACUGGUGGCAUCUGCUCAUAGACCUACCCAUACUGCUGCUAGUGGCAGCAGUAUGCAUCCUUCUAGAAGUGGGCGCGAUCCCGAGCCGGCGGAGCGGCUUUAUAUGCAACGAUCCUGCUCUCUCUUACCCGCACGUGGGGGACACGUUCUCCCUCUCACUCGUCGGAGCUGUCACUGUCAUCGUGCCUUUUAUUAUUCUAUGGGCAGUAGAAACCUCCCUACACCGAGACGACGAAUACUCCCUCAAGAAGAGUAGACUAUCCACCAGUGCGAAAACCGCCGCCCUCAUCUACAAAGACUACAUAUACGGCGCCGUGUUCAAUCUGAUCAUCUUGGAGGUGAUCAAGUGUGUAGUCGGAUCUCCCCGGCCGACGUUCUUCGAGUUGUGCAAGCCGGACAAAUUGGAGACUUGUGAGGGGUCGACAUACGUGACCCAAUAUAAGUGCACGUCGGACUACUCCCAGUACCUGCGAAUCGACGCUAUCCGAAGUUUCCCGUCGGGACACUCUUCUCUCUCUGUCUACUGCGGACUCUUUCUAGCGUGGUACCUCCAACGCCGUGCGUUCAGCUGGCACAGUCGCUCCGUGCUGAUCGUGCCACUGGUACAAGCUGUGUGCCUGGGUUACGCCGCUGUGUGCUCUUUAACAAGGGUAUCGGACCAUAGACAUCACUGGUAUGAUGUGCUAGCUGGUGCCAGUAUGGGGUUACUCAGCGCUUUGUACACGGUACUAGUACUUUGCAAGAACUUCUCCCAACCAACCGUCGUCAGCACCAGCGACAUCUCCAGCAGCGACGGAACCCACCACAACCCUGACACCAAGCUCCUGCCGAAUCGGGUCAUGAUGCCCUAGCCCCAGGCUGUGUAAGCAUGCCAAACGUGUGCCAGUGCCCUACCGUGCCCUAUCGUGCCCCGAGACUGUGCACGCUUGCAAUGGACUAUCUCACCCCGGCUGGGGUGUGAACAUUAGUGAAUAUGUACAACAUGAUAAUUAGUGUGGAAGAGUGUUCGGAAAACUGACGUGUAGCAAUUUGAGUGUUAGUGUUAAAAGCGUACAGUACAAAUAAAAGUAAAUUUCUUAAGUGAGAUUUAGUAUUUGGGAAUUAGUAAAGGACACUUUUAUCUAAUUUGUUUAAUCAUGACCAUGAUGACCAUGCAAACUAUUAUAAAUAAAAAAAGAAAAUAUGUAAGAAUUUCUUCAUAUAAAUAAACAGAUGACAUACUUUCAAUCAAUGAUAAUACACAACGAAAGAAUGAUUAUUUUAAAUUCAUUCUAAAUGAAUCUUAGUGACUUGAGUGAUUUUAUGAAAGAAUUGCAAAAUAUUAAAAUAAAAGAGCAAAUAUAAGUUUUGUAUUUGUGACUGUUGGUAGACCAUAACUACAUAAUUGUAAUUUGUAAUCAUUUGCAUUUAACACAAAUUGUGUUUGCUUAAAACAUUAUUUUCUUAAUCACAAGUUAUUUAAAGUUCUGACGAGAUAUCUAUAAUAGUUACUUAUCUUUAUGUAGAACUUUUGAGCUGAUGUACAUAGAUAAUUUGUAUCAUUCAAAAGCAAUAAAUGUAGUAAAUAUCUUUGAACUUUUUGACAUUAAUUAUUUCUUAAAGUCGAAAAGCACAAAUAAAGAUGACUAUAUUAAUUCAUUUAAAACGUCAUGCCUAAAUUGUCUAACCUCAUUACUUUUUUUUUUUCAAAAAAAACAAACACUUGAGGCUUUACGACUAACUAAAUAAGAAUGACAGAAAAAAAUACAUUUACGUUUAAUGAACGUGUCAUUACGAGAACUGUGCCUCUAGCUUAGAUAAUCUUGUUAUUUUGUGUGUAUGUUAGUAAAAUUAUGAAAAAAAAACGAACAAAGUCGAAAAAGUAUGUAAUAGGUAUGCAUCUGAUUAUAUUAUAUCGUGAGAUUAUAUAAGACUUCGCUCUGUUUUUAUCUUACAAUGCGUACUUUUACCAUUACGUGGGACUAUUUUCAAUUCAAAAAAUCAUAAGUUGAGUUUAUACUUUACCUGAAUAAAUAUGAAACACGUAUGUAUCUUAUAAUGAUUAAAUGAGCAUAUAAAGAUGUAAAAUUGGGUCUCUAAUGAUUUUUAAAGAUCAAAGUAGCCCCAGGAGUUCGAACUAACCCCUCGCAAAGACGUAAUGUAAAAGGUCUUCUAGUAAUCAGUUAGAUAAGUGGUCGUAAAGAUUACAUUUAAUACAGAUUACAUUAAUACCAGUGAUGUUUCGUUUAGGUAAAUAAUAAAAAUAUAAAUCAUUAGAAAUAAGAUAUCUGACAGCAUCCAUAUUGUUUCAUAGAAUUAUAUAUAAAAUCCUGUUAAAAAACCAUUUGGUGUUAAAAUUUGUCUCGAUAAAUGUUAGAAGGCAUUCAUGGUAAAAAUGAUAAAAUUCGCAAAAAAAAAUGUACCGAAAACAUUGUAAAAACUAUUUAUAUCUAAAUCGUUGUUUAGAAAAACACAAGCUAGCUCUCCUAUCACUGCUAUACGUUGACGCUUCAAAGCAAUAGUGAUAGAUUUCUGUAAGCAACCGUCUACUUAUAUUAAUUUAUUAAUUAUAUUUAAUUGUUUAACAGACAGUAUUUACUGUACAGUACCUGUCUAGUCGUAAGAUUAAAAAAUCGUACCCACCUAGAGUUAAUUAGUUACACAUAAUUAUGUCUUGCGUUUAUGAAGUCAAAGUUAAAAAUAUCUACACUUAUGAUAGAUAUCUUCGAAGAAUAAAGAUUUACCAGAAUUUAAUAUAGUUAUAUUAACACAGUUGUGUUCAUUUAGUUUCGUGCUAAAGUGUAUAUAUUUUUGACCUUAAUUUCUUAUAAAUUAAUAAGUCAAGACUAUUUAGAAUUCUUUUCGUAGUGGUAAUACAUUCAGUUGUGAAAACCAAUGCACAAAACGAAAUAACAAGACAUAUUCAAUAUAUUAAAAACGGGUCACCGUCGAAAAACGCUCAAUAUAUUUCACUACGUACCGAGGAGUGUCGUCAGGAUCUCGCGUUGGUGGACCGGCGCAGAAUAGGAUAUAUUGAAUAUGUCGGUGUCUCACGGAAGUUUUGUUAUUAAAAUUGUUAUUUAUUAGAAAUUACAAGUAUGUUAAAAUAAUUGCCUUAAAGAGUUUAUGUUACAAUCGAAAUAAGAUUGGUAGUAUAGUAUUAUAUAAUAUGUGGAUUGGUAUCCUUAUUCAUAUCGUUGCGUGGGGCUAUUCAAAACACCUGAAUCUAUUCAAAAGCAAAGUGAAUAUAAAAAUACGAGGUUUAUUUUGUAUCAUAACAAUGGUUAUGAUACAAAAUAAACUAUUAUUAUUAUAAAUGAUUUGUUACAUUACGAUAGGCACUGUAAAAUAGUUUGACUGUAUUCCAGACAGCCCCACCACUCUGUUUAUAUACCGUCAAGAGGGGUGAAUAGAGAUGGCUGGGGUGAAUAGGGACAAAACUGAAAAUGUAAUUUACCUGAUAAUUUCUUAAUAAAUAUCACAACACAAAAUCUAUAUCAUUCGAUUGAAAAUAAUAGUAGAUUUUGUAUGAUACAAUUUGUGUGGGUAGUUAGGAAUUGUCAGGAACCAAGAAUUGACAUUCCUGAAUUGUCAGGUAAAUCACAUUUUAAAUUUUGUCCCUAUUCAUCCCACCCAUCCGUAUUAACCCCGGUUGACGGUACCUAUUUGAUAUUUUGUUAUGUAUUACCACUACGAUAAAACGAGAUCAUUGUCUUGACACUGUUAUAUUUUUAUUUAUUUUAAAUAUUGACAUUCUGACAUUCCCGGCAUUUAAAUGGAGAUUAGUUUAGAAUAUUUUUUAAUUUUGUAAAUAUUAGUUUUAAGCGUAGAAUGUGUUUGAUCGUAUGCUGUCUUUGAGUAAUUAGACAAU